AUCAAUAGCAACGUUUGAAUACCGCUAUGUCAGAGUUAGUAGCCUGAUAUAUGCGGACCUUACGGCUAUGUGUUUUCUCCUCUGUCAGUAACAGGCUAACGGGAAGUGUUAGAGAGACUAAAGCAAAAACUGAAAUAAUCUCCCUGUAACUACGACGGCGAAUCAACGCUUCAGUUAAACCAGCCGGACUGACGGAUCUGUCCCAGCCACCACAGCUGAUCUAAGCUACUCCUGAUCUGAAACUCCAUCAUCACCUCUACUGAUCCACUGACUCGUCGGCAUGGCUAACAAAGACUGUGUCGGCGUGCGUGUCUUUUCUCUGAACUGCUGGGGGAUCCGCUAUCUAAGCAAACACUGUUCCCAGCGCUAUCAAAUGAUUGGAGAAAUGUUGUGCAAGGAACAACAUGAUAUUGUCUUACUUCAAGAGGUGUGGAGUGAGAAGGACUUUCUCUACUUGAAAACGAAGCUUACCUCUACUCAUCCUCACUCUCAUUACUUCAAAAGUGGAGUCAUAGGAAGUGGACUGGCCAUUUUUUCCAAACAUAGAAUCCAUGACACCUUCCUUUAUCGCUACUCUCUGAACGGUUACCCUUACAUGGCUCACCAUGGGGACUGGUUUGGAGGUAAAGCUGUUGGGAUGGCCAUACUGAACUUGGCUGGCCUGACUGCAAACGUCUAUGUCACACAUCUGCAUGCAGAGUACAGCAGAGAGAAGGACUCUUAUCUGUCUCACAGAGUCGUUCAAGCCUGGGAGCUGCAGCAGUUCAUCCGACAUACGUCUACUGGAGCAGAUGUAGUCAUCGUGGGAGGCGACCUCAACAUGCAUCCUCAGGACCUUGGCUGCAGACUACUGAUGUCUUACACUGGACUCAGGGACUCUUAUGUAGAAACUGCUAAAUUUGAUGGAUGUGAAAAUGGUAUGACUUUGAUAGCAGACAACCUUUUUAUCAGUAAAAAUGAACUUAUCCCCUUUGAGAAGGGCAUUCGGAUCGACUACAUCUUGUUCAAGGGUUCCUCCAAAACCGACAUUUAUUGCGAUUUCAUGUCCACCACCAAAGGCUCCGUUCCUGGCCAUGCCCUCCCAUAUUCUGAUCAUGAGGCUCUCACUGCAGAGUUACGGCUAGAAUCUCACAUUCCAGCUCAGACUGGAAGCGACAAGACUCAGGACACUCCCACAGAGAAGCUAGCCGAGCUGGUUGACACUUUAACAGAGGCACGCACAGAAGUCAAAGUGGGCUUGCACUGCGCUGAGGGGAUGCGCUACACCGCUGCACGUACUGGAGUGAUGGGCUUAGCUCUGCUGUUCCUGGAGCUGGUCAUCGCAGCAGUUCCCUGCUUCGCUCUUGGAGCAGAACAGCCUUUCCCUCGUAUCUCCUUCUACCUGCUGGCCGCUCUGUGCUUCGCCAUCCUGCUGACCACCUUUCUGCUGUACAUCUUUUAUACCAUGGAGCUGAAGUCUCUCCAGGGGGCUGAAGACCAGAUGAGGCUGGCUGCAGGUAGUCUGCAAGAAAAGCUCAGAGGGUUCUCUGUGACUCACAGUGUUCCACAAAGGUCCCCAGACAGGGAACAACCUUGUGCCUUGGAUCCAGAGGAAUAACUUCAAAGUAGAAGUUUUUUUGGAAGAAGGCUUUAAAGUCACCUUUAGUAUGCUCCUCUAGAUAUGCUUUUGAGAUUAAGAAAAAUGCCUCAGAUUGAACUAUAAGUAGGAAACCUUUCUGAAUAGUGCAGGACACAUGCUUUGACAUUUUUCUACUUUUAUAGAGUCAUCUACAGGCUUUUAUUACUUCUAGGUUUCCCGCUAUGCAUCUUCAAUAUACAUAUAUGCGUACCAGUACACAGUAACUUUGUUAAACGUUAAAAGUCUUAAAUAUACAUUUUUUGUGUUAUUAAGCCUCAGGUCUGAGGUGCAUUCCACCCACCAGUAGUUUGACUGGGACCAGUUGUUUGAAUUUUAUGUGUGGCAUUAUUGACUUCAACAAACCAUCACUGACAGUGACUGUGGAGCCAGUUUCUGAUUGUUACGAUGUGCAUUGAAGCUAGGAGAAAGCUCUCCAACCUAAAAGUAGCAGACACUCUGAAAGGUUUACAUUUCACUUUUUUUGCAGUUUUACUGUAAGGAUCAUUAUGAAGCUCUUAAAACAUUUCACGUUUGUAUUCUAAGUGAAGGGAUAAAUCAUCUGCACAUCUUUUUAUUCCUGCUAGAGACAAUCUGCACUCCUGUUUUAUAUAUUUUAAGCUAUGAAAAUAGUCUGAAUAGACUGAAAAUGACUUUUUUGAUCAUGAAAAAGGAUUUUUACUAAGAACGACAAAAAAAUUUAAGAUUAAUAUAUUGUUAGUGAUGUUGAUUAGAUUAGACACUUGCUUAUUUUGUGAUAUCACAUGACUGAAUGUUUCAUGUUGCUGUAAAAACAUGAUGUGAAGCACCUGGUAGUUCCUAAAUCAAACAUUUUGUUCAUUCCUCUCUAAACUAAUGAAAAUUAACUGAACCAUGAAAGCAAUAAAAAAGACUUUAUAAAUGC